AUCACAUCCUCUGGGUUGUUGCGGGGCGGAUGUCCAGUCCGCCUGUCUUCUUCGCUCAGACCUGCGCUCAGGCCCCCGUCGCCGUCCACAGCGAACACACGACAACCUCCUUCAGCUUUGUUUGUAAGGUGAAUGAUGACGUACCUGCUGAAGUACAUGUCGCUGCGGGCCCGGGGCGAGCCUGUCAGGUGGGUGCUCAAGGUGAUUGGAGUCAACUACACCGAAGAAACCAUCGACAUCUCCGGGGAGUGGCUCACCCGAAAACACGAAUUCAAGUUCGGGAAGGUGCCUGUACUGAUGGUCGACGGCGAACAGCUCCACCAGACUACCGUCAUCUGCAGGUUCCUGGGAGAGAAGCACCACCUGGCCUCGGGAGACCUUUGGACGACCACUCGGCAGAUGGAGGUCAUCGAGGCUCUCCACGACCUCACGAACAGCAUGGGGGGGGCCUUGCUGGCCAGAAAAUACGGGAACGAGGACCGGCAGAGGGCGAUGGCAGGGCUGACAGCAGCUCAAUUCCCAGUCGUCUUGAGCAACAUCGAAAGCAGGAUAACCGACCAAGGGUGGAUCCUCUCUCAGCAGAUGACGUGGGUUGACGUGUUCGUAGCAGCUUACCUGGAUGUGUACGAAAAUUACUUCCCAGGUGUGGUAGGCAAGUUCCCCCUUUGUGAAGUUCUCCGGCGCCAGGUCCAGGACAUACCCGUUAUUAAGGCGUGGCGACAAGAGAGGCCGGCGUGGCACCCCUUUGAAGACCCCCAAGGCUUGGUGGCGCCGAGCGACGGAUCGCAAUAGACGUCUUUUCGAUGUCGGGAUCCCAGAAAAUGUGAUCCGAGAGUACAAACUCCAUUUAUGUACUGCAUUUGUAUUGGUUCAAGCACAUUCAGAAUAUCAUGAGCCAUAAUAGGCGAAGAAAAUGAGAACUUUGAUACUGAUAUAUCAUAAAUAUAUUUAAAACUCCA